UUACGUCAUGUCGACUGUGUAUUUAUACAUGGGGUCAGACUUAGAUUCCUCAGACCAUCACACAAGCUGUCCACUAUGAAGUGUUUUCUCCUAGCCGCUGCUCUAAUAAUCGCCAUUGCUGCCACUGAAGGCAGACGAUACGGCGAGAAAAGAAUUCCAAUAAAGAAAGAAAUCGUAUAUGGACCUAAGCUUGGCAGUGGAAUCAUAGGUAAAAAGAAAUCAGGAUUCUUAGACGGAUUUCAAAACAGGAGAUUCAUUGGUGGAUCAAAUAAAGGACUCGGACCCAGGGGACGUUUUGGGCCCGGAGGAAGAUUUGGCUCAAACAUUCCAUUAGUUUCUGGUGGAAUCAACACUCCGAUCAACGGAGGGCUGUUUCCUGAUCCACAGUUUGGUGGGCGGUUUGGUCAGGGUGGUUUCAGUGGAGGUCUGGGUGGCUUCGAUCAGUUUGGUCUUCAAAAUGGCGGACGAUUUGGACCAUAGGUUAACAGUCAAAGAAAUAAUAUUUGUUUUGCAUUUUGAUAUAUUGUAUUUAUAUAACUUUGCAAACUGUGAUAUCUUUGUUGUUUUAUAAAAUUUAAACUAAUGUAUGUGAAAUCCUAUUUGUAAUAAAAUAUGA